AUGGCAUCACGAAGCGUCGCAAGAAGCUGUUCCCAGCUAGCAAACUCUGCGCCAUCCUCCGCCGCGCGAGCGUUUCUCCAACUCGCCCCUCUACGCUCCUUCUACAACGCCCCUCCAGUCCUGGACUUCCUCGCUCCCAGCAUCCCAUUCCCAGCUCUGCAAAGUAACCGAACAGCCGAUUACACAUCUGCGAGGCGCCAGAUCGACGCCAAAAGGUCAUUUACCAGCUCCUCGAGACAGCAAGCAACAAGGGCCAUCUACAACCCGCGCAACGACGACGAUGGAGCGCCCAUGGACGUUGAGAUCACGCCUCGGGCCUCGAACCGCCUGCGAGAAAUAAUGGCCAAAGACGCCAACCCACACCUCGCCCUCCGGAUCCAGGUCGAGAGCGGCGGGUGCCAUGGCUUCCAAUAUCUCAUGUCGCUCACCACGCUCCCCGCUCUCCCUUCUUCUCCCACGAACACCACCAGUGCUACGCCGCAACUAGAAUCCGAGGCCUCCCCGGCGCUCAACACCUCGUCCAGCGACCCAAACGCCAUGCCCUCGCUCGCACCGUCCUCGCCGCCACUGCCCGAAGAAGGGAAGAAGGGAACGCUAUAUGAAGACGAUACCGUGUUUGCGGCAGACGACGGCUCGGACGCGAAGGUGGUGAUGGAUGGGCCGAGUUUAGAGCUGCUGAAGGGGAGCAAGAUUGAUUACACGAUGGAGUUGAUCGGGAGCCAGUUCAAGAUUGUGGAUAACCCGCUCGCGACUAGUAGUUGUGGCUGUGGCACUAGCUUUGAUAUCAAAGCUUAG